AUGGCGCACUACCUCAAUGGCGGUGCUGAGAUGGGCCUCACGCCCAUGUCCGGCCUUCCCAUGCACCCGGAUCGCGCAGACUUCAGCAGUCUGCCAAUGGACGAUGUGAUGCAGCAAAUGGACCUCGACAUGUCGUCGCUCGAUGGCGCCGAGCCCCAGAACACGGGCUUUGGAUUCAAUGACCCGCAGCUUCAAUCGGCUUGCGGCCCCAUGGGCGAUAGCCAAAUGACGGGUGCGGGCGCAGGUCCAUUGCCUACGGGCUUCGGGGCCCCCAAUCUCAACCCCUCAGGCAGCACCUUGACCGAGUUCACCAAGCGGAGAAAUUGGUCGCAGCGCGUGCUAGAAGAGCUGCGCGACCUCCUUCACAUCCUGACCCCCGAUGGCAGGAUCCUCUUCGUCUCGCCAUCGUGCAGGCCGCUGACCGGAUGGGAGCCCUCCUACCUCCAGGGCCGCUUCAUCAACGAGUUCAUCCACCACGACGACAUUGGCAUCUUUGUCAAAGAGUUCAACGAGUCCAUAGCGUCGGGCAACCCGCUGCGCUUCUUCUACCGCUUCAAGAAGUCGGACGAGACCUACACCAUCUUCGAGUCGCAUGGCCACCCCCACCUAAGCAGCGAGCCGAGUUCCUUCGCGCCCCCAAACGGCCUCAACUGUCGCGGCUUCUUCAUGAUGGCCCGCCCCUACCCCACCAAGAACGCCGCCCUCCUCGACUCCUUCCUCGAACACAAGAUUGAGAAUGAGCGCUUGAUGAAGCGGAUAGCCGAGCUCAAGCGCGAGGAGCAGGACGAACAAGACGAUUGGACAAGAAAGACGGACGGUGCUUCUACCACCAUGACACCCUCAGAGUCACAAAUGCCACAGAACAUCACGGAAAGUGAAGCCGCAUCCUAUGCCCAGAUGCCGCCACCAGCGAAGCCUGCCAUAUCGAAUACCGCUCUCACACGGCAGAAUCUCGACGAGGCGCUAGCAGCCAGCAAAACGGAGAACAUCAACGACAAGAUGGCACGAUACGAGGGAACGAAUCACCUAGAGACGAUCGAGAUGCUGACGGGUCUGCGGUAUCAAGACGGCGAGCGAUCGCAGGGUAUCAGUACCGGACAUGCAAGCCCCAACCUCAUUCGAGGUGACGCUGGCAUACAAAUUAAUCUGGACCGUGAAGGCAGGAGCUCCUCAGACAAGAAGAAGAAGCUCAAGAUAGCCGACGAAUAUGUUUGUACCGACUGCGGCACGCUGGACUCACCGGAAUGGCGAAAAGGUCCGACUGGGCCCAAGACUCUAUGUAAUGCAUGCGGAUUGCGGUGGGCGAAGAAGGAGAAGAAGAAACAGCAAGGGCCAAGCAGUAGCAUGCCUGGCGCAACUGCAAUGAUGCACACUCCAUCCCUCCCGAUGCAGAGCAGCACCGGCAGCAGCUGA